GAGAGCUACCGGGAGACUCCUCGCUUGGAGCGCGGGCCGGCGCCGCCCUCGGAGGUAGUCUUGGACGAGGUCCUCCUCAUGGUGAUGCUCCUCCCCCUCGCCUACUCGAAUUUGCGAGCCCCCGUCCGACAGGGGCUGAGCUGCACGGACGCGUCAGAGGAGGGUGGCGCAGCUUGCGAGGCCUCUGCCUUCACGCAGGCCGUGGACCAGAAGAGUUCGGACACCAUCUGCAGCCACUUCGCCAACCUCGUCGAGGAGUCUGGCCGGCCGGCAGGGUCGACCACCUGCUGCAGCGUCUGCGGUGCAGCUCUCGCGCAUACCAGCCUGGAGAGGGCCCCCUGCCCCGCAGGCUACGGCGCGCUGGCCUGCGGGACCAGCUGCAUGCUAGCGCACAGGCGUGAGCGACGCUGCACUUUCGGGGAUCGGCGCCUCCCAGCUUUUGCUGAAGGGUUCUGGGGUCCCCAGGCGUCCCUCUCCUGGGUAGUGGCCCGCGCUGGGGUCGAGAUUUCACGUCCUCUCGACAAGGUGCUACCGCCGUACCCGGACGUGACCCUGCCGUGCGGGAAGGCGUUCAUCGCCGAGGAGUUCGACCACGAGGCCGUGGUGGUUUGGGAGCAUUGGCGGCCAGGCAGGGCCAAUAAGGUUGUCCACAUCGCUCUCGGCCGGCUGCGCUGGAGAGCGCAGAAUGGCGGAUUCGCCGUCAUUGCGCACCCGCGCAGGAGCUGGAUAUGGAACCUCCCCGCGGCCAUGCAUCUUCAGAGCCUCCGCGGGGUGUACUUCACAGUGGUGUGGGCUCACCACCACGGCGCCGUUACGGCGACGGAGAUCGGCCUCCUCCACAACUCUGGUCUGCUCCACGCGAAGCUCCACGCGCCAGGCAAGCAGUGGGAGGUGGCACAGGCAGCUGUGGCCGCGUCCACUCUCGGCAGCGCGGCUACCAGAGACUGUAUGGGCACCAUGUUCCGCGCCUACGCCGAGGUGGUCGCCGAGGAGCUCCUGCUAGUACAGGGGAGCCACCUGAAGUACGUUGGCAUCGGCAGCAAGACGUUAUUGAGAUACCGGACCCAAGUUGCACGAUUGUUCCGCUAUUUGCAGGCGCUCGAGAAGCCACUCCCGAGCACGAUCGAGGAGCUGGACUUAGAGCUCAGCGAGUACAUCAACCACUUGUGGCUGGAUGGGGACAGUCAUGGGUAUGCGGGGGCGCUCGUCUCUGGCCUGCACCGGUUUGUACCACGACUUCGGGCCAUACUCGCAACCUCCAGGCAGUAUUUGCGUAAUUGGGAGCGUACGUUAGUGAGGAAGCGGGCGUUCCCGCUUCCACGGAACUUUGUGAUCGCCCUCGCUGGUGUUGCAUAUGCCUACCAGCGUCCUGACCUCAGCGCCGUCUUACUUACAGGCUUUCUGUGCAUGCUGCGGACAAUGGAGGCUGUUACUUUGCAGGUGCGCCAAAUUGCUUUCUUCCCGAAUUUGGAAAAGCCAUCAUCUCAUUGCCCGACUCCAAAGCUAGCCACAGGAAAAAUAUAA